GUAUCUAAAAUUUUAAAUUUAUUCGAUUUAAUGUAUUUAGUAAUGAAAUCUACAAGUCAAAAAUUUGCAAAGCCGGAGGAGUCAUUAACACCGAUUUCGACCAAAAAGCGUUAUUCUACAUCUGUGGAGACAAAAAGGCUAUCAAAAAAUACAAAGAAUGUACUUAAAAAUGAAAAGACGAAUGAAACAAUUUCAAUACCCCCCAUGAGAGAUUUGGAUGUUUUAGAAAAAAACACGGUUGAUCCUGACACCAAACCAUUCUACCAUGGAAAUCCAUUUGUUGAAAAACAUCGUGGGGUUAUGCAUUUGCAUAAAGAAAAUUUGGAAAGUUCUGAACAUCCUCAAAUAAAUAAUUGUUGUAUGCUUGUUAUGAUGGACAUUCCUGCGUUUUUUACUUGCCGUGAACUAGUCAGCUUUGUCCGCCCUUCAUCUACACAUAUUUUACUAAUGAAAAUAGUUCGUGACGAAACAGCUAAUAAAUAUAUGGUUACUAUAAAAUUUAAAACUCCGGAGUCAGCAACUAAAUUUUAUGAACAAUAUAAUGGCUUAGAAUUUAAUUCAAUUGAACCGGAAAAAUGUUCUCUUCGUUUUGUUGAUACAAUUGAAGCGGAAGGAGAUGAUUCAACAACGUUUACAGGAUUACAUGUUGAUCCUGCAUAUGGGGAGACACGUACUUGUUCUGUUUGUUUGGAAAGAAUGGAAGAAGGAAACAAUAUGUUAUUAAUUAUUUUAUGCUGCCCUAUCUGUCGUUAUACACAAACACCUGAAAUUGUUCCUGACCAGAAAUGUUUUGAUUGUGGACGUACUUCUGACCUUUGGAUGUGUCUAAUUUGUGGAAAUAUCGGUUGUGGUCGUUAUGCAGCGGCACAUGCCUAUAAACAUUAUGAGACUACUUCACAUAUUUUUACUUUACAAAUUGGUGGAAAACUUGUUUGGGAUUAUGCUGGAGAUAAUUAUGUCCAUAGAUUAAUUGAGAGUUCAACUGAUGGAAAACCUGUUGAAUAUGAGGGAGUUAAUAAUGAUAGUUUUGAAAAAGAAAAGGAAAAGAUAAGUGCUGUUCAACUUGAAUAUACUUGUUUAUUAACUAGCCAACUUGAAAAUCAAAGACUUUUCUAUGAAGAAAAACUUCGUGAAUCUGAUGAACGUUUUAAUGAAUAUAGUAGAGAGGCACAACAAAAAAUUAAUUCGUUGGAAGCUGAAUUAAAAUCUACUCGAAAUGAAUUAACUUCUACCAGCGCCGAACUCGUAACACUUUCUAAUUCAAAAAAACAACUUGAUAAAAAAUAUUUAUCUUCACAAACAAAAUGCCAAACAUUACAAAAUGAACUCGAAGAAGAAAAGCAAAUGAGUAAAUUACUGAGAAUUGAUAAAGAACUUCUUUCACGUAAAUUAGAAGAAACUAAUCAAAAAAGAAAAAUUGAAGUGGGGGCUUUAGAAGAACAAAUUCAUGAUCUUUUGUUACAUUUUGAGACUGAAGCAAAAAUAAAGGAACAAAUUGAAAAUGGGGCAGUUAGUAAAGAAGAAUUGGAACAAAGUAAUGUAGAAGUGAAAGAAGAUGUUACCCCCAAAGUUUUAUCUAAAAAGAGUCGUCGCCGUAAAAAAUAA